AUAAAACAUGGGAUGGAAGGGCCGGCCGGGCGAAGGACGAUCUCGCAAACUGGAGAGAUUCAAGGCCCAUCUUGCGUGGAAGCAUGAGAUAUCGUCGGCAUUGGAUGACAUCCGAAGUGCGCAUCGUCUUGCAGUCCGCACCACCGAUGACCAAGCAUUCAGCACUCGACGACCACUUCAGCUCCAGCCUAGGUCAGCUCCAACACCUACACUACCGCCUCGUCCCCGACCUGCGGGUCCUACGCCUCUCAGUGACGAAGAGAUUCGUGGCAUCAUAGCCCAGGACCACCACGGGCUUCUCGUGACGAAACCAACCUCCCUUGUAGAUCGGUGCCUGCAUGUUAUGGCGAGACAUUUGGAUCAGUACCCCACCUCAGACACCUUUGUCGUCGAGGCCAUGCAAGCUGGCCUGUCACCCGACCUCCACCAUCGCUUGUCCAUCUUGAGCACUUGGUACCACACUAUGACAGCAGACAACGUGGCCUUGUUGUGUACGCCAGCCACCCAAGCGCUAUGUCUCGGUCAGCUCAACGUCGACGCCGUCGUCGUGCCACUCGUAGCGCCAGACGCGUAUACUUCCUCCCCGUCCCUGGACUCGUGGGAGGACCUGCCAGAUAUCGUCAUGCACUGGUCGGGGUGUCCCUACUUGACCGAGUUGGAGCUGGUGCAAUGUUAUGAAAUCUCCAUCGCGCUUCUCCAGUAUGUACACCCCCCCUGAUCCAUAUUAACUACGGUGGUGGUAGUGUACAGUAGUAGUUACAGUAGUUGGGGUGUUGUUGAGUAGCGAAUGUGCCGGCUUGACCAAGCUGUCGCUGGUGGACUGCUCCGCCUUCAACGCUGUCGAAACCGGCUUCCUCCUCCACUUACCCAGGCGUCUAGAGAGCCUCAGCCUCGUCGGGUGCACGUGGCUCACGAAUGAUAUGCUCCUGGCGCUGCUCCGAGAGCUGAUGUUAUCGAGUAGUACGACGCUGCGAAGCCUUCGAGUGUGGGGCUGCUGUCGGGUCUCGCUGAUUGUCGAGCAAACGUGGGCGGCUGAGCUGCCGCAAGUGCAUCUGGAUAUUCAACAGAUUCCGUACUUAUAACGUCCGAAACUGUUUUGUACGAGUAAUUUAUGACAAGUGUACGAGUGUGUGGGCAUGACCGUUUACUUGUUCGAGCCAAUCCAUAUGUACAGUCAGUACUG